AUGGUUCAACUUGCUUCCGCCCUCGCCAUCGGCCUUCUCGGUCUGACUGGUGCUGUCUCUGCUCAUCCCGGUCACGAUGUUCGUGCUGAGGCCGCCGAGCGUGCUGCCUUCCUGAAGAACGCCCCCAUUCACCAGCGCAGCCUCGCGCAGUGUGCCUCCAAGCUCAAGGCCCGUGGCCAUGAGAACGCCAAUGUUGUUCGCCGUGCUAACCGUGUGAAAGCCAUCCGCCAGAAGCGUGGUCUGCAACACAAUGCCCACUUCCACAAGGCCCGCUCCCUCAACAGCGUUUUGAACACCGACCACAACUCCACCCUGAUUGGUGUCAGCGCUUCCACUGACCCCAGCGUCUUGUUUGGAUCCGAGGCUACUUGCAUCCUCGGCCCCGAUGUCACCCAGGGCCCUUACUACGUCACCGGCGAGCUCAUCCGUGAGAACAUCGUCGAGGACCAGGAGGGUGUCCCUCUCUACAUGGACAUCCAGUUGAUCAACACCAACACCUGCGAGCCCAUCCCCGACAUCUACACCGACCUCUGGCACUGCAACGCCACCGGUGUCUACUCCGGUAUCGUUGCCAGCGGCAACGGUGACUCCUCCGAUGAGGCCAACAUCGAUACCACCUGGCUCCGCGGUAUCCAACCCAGUGACAAGAAUGGCGUGGUCUACAUGGAGUCUAUCUUCCCUGGCCACUAUACCAGCCGUGCCACCCAUAUCCACGUGCUCACCCACCCCGUCAACGAGACCACCGUUAAUGCCAACGGUACCAUCUCCGGCCUGUACUCCUCGUCUUCCUCGCACGUCGGCCAGAUCUUCUUCGAUCAGGACCUGAUCACCGAAGUCGAGAAGACCGCCCCUUACUCCACCAACACCCAGGAAGUGACCACCAACGCCAAUGACUCCAUCCUCUCCGAGGAGGCUGACACUAUCGACCCCUUCAUGGAGUACGUUUACCUCGGUGACUCCGUAUCUGACGGUAUCUUCGCCUGGAUCUCUAUGGGCAUGGACCCCACCGAGGACACCACCGUUACCCCUGCUGCUUUCUACACGGAGCAGGGUGGUGUUGAGAAUGAGAGCUCCGGCUCCGGCAUGGGUGGUGGCUCUCCCCCUGGCCAGUCUGGUUCUUCUACCACUACCGCUGCUGGUGGCCGCCGCACCACUUUCUAA